UUCCCACAAUUCCUUAUUUAGCGCAGAGUGACAGUUGCGGCUGCUGAGGUUGGAGAGAGACUAUGUGAUUUCUGCGAGGAGAUUAAUUUGUUCUGUCACAAUGGUUUUAGUGAUUUAGUGAAUUAAAUCAAAAUGGAUAAAUGUUGAUUUUACGCUCAAGGACUUUUUGUUCUACGGGAGUUAAUCAUCAGCGUCGAUUUAGCAGACAGCACUAUUUGAAAGCACGCGCUUUUAAUAGCUCUAUACAGUUUCAGUAAGUAACUCGGGUUGUGUGUAGAUGUUAUUCUGAAAGUACAAUUUAAAGGGCUUGUGUAUAACAACAGAGUGUAAAUAUUAGUGCUACUUAUAAAAGUUUGCAGCAUAUAACCGGUUGUUGGAUUUUCACUGGAAGUGAUUUUUACCACUACAACUGCAAUAAUGAUUAUCAAUUGCAUUAACUGAUUCUGGUAACUGAACAAGUGUACGGAUUGUACAGGUGUGCUAAUAAAAAUAUUCGUUGUGUCUUCAUGAAGAGUUAAUUAGCUGAAAUUUAACAGCAAGGUAAAAAAUCAUGGGUUCAAAAAUAUUAACAGUUCCAGUUCUUUGCAUUUGUGCGAUUGUUAUAUUAGAACAGUUUGGUUCAGCGGAGGCCAAAAAUUGCACACAAGCUGGGGAAGAAUGUCGCCCAGGAAUGAUAUUGCCACUGUGGACCCCAAUUGGGAAUAUAGGGUUGGGGGACAAAGCCGCCAGAUCGAUUGUGUAUUUUGCAGCGCUGAUUUACAUGUUUUUAGGCGUAUCCAUUGUGUCAGACCGAUUCAUGGCUGCUAUUGAAGUAAUAACCUCACAGGAAAAAGAUGUUGUUGUGAAACACCCUGAUGGCCGAUUGCAAACGGUCACUGUAAGGAUUUGGAAUGAGACCGUUUCAAACCUUACACUCAUGGCGCUUGGCUCAUCAGCACCUGAAAUUCUACUCUCAAUUAUUGAAGUCUGUUUUAUGAAUGGUUUCAAGGCUGGAGAGCUAGGUCCCGCCACUAUUGUUGGUAGCGCAGCCUAUAACUUAUUCAUUAUUUUGGCCAUUUGUGUCACAUGCAUCCCUGGUGAGGAAUUACGAAAAAUCAAACACUUGCGAGUUUUCAUCAUCACUGCUACGUGGAGCAUAUUUGCUUAUCUAUGGCUCUACUUUAUUCUGUCCAUUUCAAGUUACGGAGUAGUUGAGAUCUGGGAAGCAGUUUUGACAUUUGUAUUCUUUCCAAUCACUGUCCUAUCAGCAUACAUUGCGGACAAGAAGAUCUUUGUGUACAAGUUCCUGUCAAAGAAGUACAGAAAAAGCAAUCAGAAGGGGGUCAUCAUUUCUAGUGAAGGCGACCAUGAAAUGGGGGAAGCUAAUCAUGUUGGAGAGGAGCUUGUCUUCAAAGGCACUGACAGUCAUGAUAAAGAUGUGCAAGAAUUUGAGACACAUCGAAAGGAGUUUAUGGACAUCCUUAGAGACUUGAGGAAAAAGCAUCCUAAUACAGACAUGAAAACUCUGGAAGAAAUGGCUGAAUUUGAAGCCAUCAAUCGUGGACCGAAGAGCAGGGCCUUCUAUCGAAUUCAGGCAACAAGAAAACUAACUGGCAGCGGAAAUGUUAUCAAGAAGUCAAAAAUUGAAAAGAAAGCAAGUAUUGAAGACGUACGUACAAAUUUAGAGGAUGAAGGCAUCACAAGAGUUUCCUUUGAUCCAGGACAUUACACUGUUAUGGAAAAUGUUGGUGCGUUUAAUCUGACUGUAUCUAGAGCUGGUGGGGAUUUAGACAAGACAUUGUAUGUGGACUACAAAACAGAGGAUGGCACAGCAAACGCAGGUGAUGAUUAUGAAUUCACGGAAGGUACCCUGGUUUUCUACCCUGGCGAGAAGCACAAGCAGUUUGCGUUGACUGUGAUUGAUGAUGACCUUUUUGAGGAAGAUGAACACCUGUACGUUCGUCUGAGCAAUUUGAGGGUUGCUGACUCUGACGGCAAAUUUGAGAGCGACAUCUCGCACAUUGCAAAACUCAGCACACCAUUUUUAGCAACUGUCAUGAUCUUAGAUGACGAUCAUCCAGGCAUAUUUCACUUUGAGGAAAAAGAGCUCAAAGUCUCAGAAGCUAUCGGUGAGGUUAAAAUCAAAGUGAUGCGUUCUUCAGGUGCCAGAGGGUCAGUAAAGCUACCCUACGUGACCAUCGAUGGCUCAGCAAAGGGAGGCAAGGACUUCGAAGCUGUUGAACAUGAGCUUCUGUUCAACAACGAUGAAACUGAGAAAUACAUUACCAUUCGAAUCUUCGAUGAUGAAGAGUAUGAGAAAAAUGAGGACUUCAUCGUGCAGCUGGGAGAGCCCUACCUCGCAAGGAGAGGAUCUGAGGAUGAUAGUACAAGCCAAAACGAGGAUACAUCAGUUGCAGUUCUGCACAGGAAAACGGCAGGCAAGGGGGCCAGCUCACCUGACGCAGACUCUGGGACGGCCGCGAACAGCACAGAGGAUAAGCAGCUGCUGGAGAUGGGCAAGCCACGACUGGGAGAAAACAUCCAGGUCCGCAUCAACAUCAAGGAGUCCCAGGAGUUCAAGGGUGUGGUAGACAAGCUGCUGAAGAAGGCCAACACGUCGCUGGUGGUGGGCACCUCGUCCUGGAGGGAACAGUUUGCAGAGGCCAUCACCGUCAGCCCAGAUAAUGAGAGAACAGAGAGAAAUAAUGAAACUGGUGAUGAUGAGGAGGUAGAUGCUGAGGAGAAGCUGCCCUCCUGCUCCGACUACGUGAUGCACUUCCUCACUCUCUUCUGGAAGGUUCUCUUUGCACUCAUACCUCCUACAGACUACUGGGGAGGCUGGGCCUGUUUCGCAUCGUCCAUUAUAAUGAUUGGCAUACUGACAGCAUUCAUCGGGGACCUGGCUGCAGCAUUUGGCUGCAGCAUCGGUCUCAAAGACUCCAUCACCGCCAUCUCAUUCGUCGCGCUAGGAACCAGUGUACCAGACACCUUUGCCAGCAAAGUCGCAGCCAUGAACGACAAGUACGCUGACUCUUCCAUUGGCAAUGUGACGGGCAGUAACGCAGUUAAUGUGUUCCUCGGUAUCGGAAUCGCCUGGACAAUAGCAGCAGUGUACCAUGCAGCGAUUGGCGAGCCCUUUGUGGUGGACCCAGGCACACUAGCUUUCUCUGUGACCUUGUUCUGUAUCGAGGCUGUGUUUUGUAUAGCGGUGCUGAUGUUUCGGCGCACAAGGUUUGUGGGUGGAGAACUUGGAGGUGCCAAGAGGGGGAGAAUGUUAACCGCUGUUUUUUUCACAUUUUUGUGGGUCUUCUACAUAGUUAUGUCGGCCAUGGUUGCUUACUGUUACGUGCCAGGAUUCUAAAUGAAAGGAUUUUGCGCAGAUUGCAAGCUUUUAGAGUGGCAUUUAUGGAGGGGAAAUGGUUGAGUUUGGAGUUUUAAGGAUGUUACUGACUGUAGAAUACCAUGUCUGUACUGGAAUGGUCUACCACAAAGGUGUGUUAAGGAUUUGUAUAGACAUUUUGAUGGCUAUAUAUUUUAUAAAAAUUGGUCUCCUUUGUGAAAACAGUGAAAAGUAUUGAGGGGAGAAAACUAAUGUUUGCCUAAUCUUCCAGUCUUCUGUUGUUUGAUUCUUUUGAACGUCUACCUUGCAUGAACACCAUUUUAAUUAUUGUAUUUCAAACUGUUUCACUUUGGCUUGUGAUUCUGUGUAAGUGGGGUAUGAUGUACUGCCAUGAGAAUACAUGUUCAUAGAAAUGUAAGGCUCGAUUGAUCUAUUAUUUAAAUGGAAUUGUGAGGAGUUGUUACCAUUUAACUAUUUGUUGCUAUUUAAAUAUGUUUGCCAACUGUUUGUCAUAAAUAUUAUGAGUUUAUCUGAAAAACCCCAAGAAGCUUAAAAUCUAUAAAAGUUGAAUGUGCAAAAAACAUCAAACCUGUUAGUCUACCUCAGUAAAUUACAUUGUUUUGUUUGACAUACAUCGAUGAGUAUUUUGUAGUAUUUGCCUCUAGGUUUGUAUUCUCAUCAUUUUUAACACCAGAUUUUUGUAGACUGUUGUUUGUGCUGUUAGUCUAUGUUGAGUGGUCACAAAUACAUUUAUGUUUGCUUCUUGUUGUGAUACUUUAACUCUUUCAGUGCUGGAACCAAAUUUUGAAGACCUUUGCAAACAGUUUGGAUCCAGAUGAGACGCAGCAGAAUGUGACGUCUCAUCAGGAUUCAAACUGUUUGCUAUUCUGAUAGUAUUCUUUGAAAAAAAUCGAAGAAAAUGCUAAUUUAAGAAAUUCAGCAGACGACAUUUUACAGACAACAAAUGUCCCAGCAUGCAAAGGGUUAACUAGAGUGAGUUUUUAUACCAUUUCCUUGUAAACACUUUAACGAUUUUUUUCAAAUUACAGCCUGUAAGAUAAGUGCAAUUUUAUUUUAUAAAGUAUAUUGAUUGUUGCCUGUUUUACAAAAUUGAGAGUUAGACAUGUGUUUUGUUGGUUAAAGACUAUGCAAUGUGGUUAAAGAUACUAUUGUCACAAUUUUUUUUACUUCUGAUUUAUUUAAGUUAAUUCAACACUUUAUUCAGAUGUUCUUGUAGGAUUAAAAUAUAGCUUUCUAUGUUAUACCGAUGAAAAUGUUUACACAUAUUUUUUUUUUUACCCAUAUUUGUCAAUCUAAUCAAAUGGAUUUCUAAUACCCUUUAACGUUGAACAGAGCUUCUGUUGGUGUCUGUAGGUAUUAGCAGAAAUGACUUUGUCUUUAUAUAUUAGCUGUAGAGAUUUGGUUUUUGGACUUUUAACCAUGCGUAUAUUUAAGAAAGAACUUCGCAAAGGUGGAUAUUUUUAAAUUGAUAAAAAACAAAAAAUAUGUAGUAGUAUUCUUUUUGUGAGAAAAAAACGCAUCUUUCUUUAAUAAUACUGGUAAAUAAGGGAUCAAUUAUGGUAUAAAAUUGUCAGUAGCAUAACAGGUUUUGUUUGUUAUUAUCAGUUUAUCAGGAAAAGUUUUUAUUGAUUGUAUUAGUAUGUCUAAAAUUUGUUUAAAAAAAAUCCCAGAGUAACAAACACAAAAUAUGGAGCAUAUAUUUCAUGGAAAGAAAUGAAAUACACCUUUAAAUAAUUAUGAAUUUGGGUUUAUGUAUGAAAAAUCCUUUAAAAAAAUUUUCAUUUGCAUCACAGAUUUUGUAUAUUUAUUGGUUAAUCAAUAAAGUACUCGUCUAACAUGAGUCUCUGUAUAAAGCAUAAGAUUAAGACUUUUAGUUGAUGGGCUAUGUUUUUCUGCAAAUUUUGUAAAAACUAGAUGAUUUUUAAUUAUAAAAUAUAACGAUUUUUAAAUAAGUGUAUUAGCUCUUAGUGCGUAUAAGAGCUUUAUUGCACGAUCCAUAAAGACCAUGAAUUCAAAACCACACGAAAGUCACAGAUCAUACAUUUUAUUAUUAUUGAGGUUUUUCAAUUUUCUUUGUAAUUUACCCAAAACAUUUUCUUGAUAGUUUUUAAAAUAUAUUUGUUAAUGUAUCAUAAGUACUAGAUAUGUAUGAUUUAUUGAGGACAAGUUUUUCCGUUUGUUUAUGCCAACUUUAUGACAGUUGUUUUGUUAGAUAUUUGUAAAAUAGUAAUUUAUUGAACCAAUUGACUGAUUUAUAUCUUAAACUGUUAAAUAUUGUAUUUUAAGUGCCUUUAUUUAUUUAUUUUAAUGCCCCCCCUUCGAAGAAGAGGGGGUAUAUUGCUUUGCUCAUGUCGGUCUGUCUGUCUGUCUGUCGGUCGGUCCGUCCACCAGGUGGUUGUCAGACGAUAACGCAAGAACGCUUGGGCCUAGGAUCAUGAAACUUCAUAGGUACAUUGAUCAUGACUCGCAGAUGACCCCUAUUGAUUUUUAGGGUCACUAGAUCAAAGGUCAAGGUCACAGGUGAAGGUCACAGUUACUGGAAAUAGGCAUUUUAAGGAUUUAGCAUGGUUCAAACAAGGGAAACAACUACCGUUUAUGCAUGUUCUUAUUGUUACAGCAUUUGCCUCCCUUAAAUUCAUUUAAAAUCUCAUUUUACAGCAGAGAUUCCAAAUAUGACCUGUAAAUGAGCCCCAUAUAUACUGCCAGUGCUAGGUUACCUUUUCCCAUUUGAUCAUUCUUAAGUAUUGUUAUUGUAACCACCACCACCACCACCACCACCACACCACACCACACCACACCACACCACACCACACCACACCACACCACACCACACCACCACCAUUGUUCACAGUGACAAAAAACGUAUUCACACAAUGGCUGCUACUACAACUUAUAGCCCAUAUAGGGGGGCAUGCAUGUUUUACAAACAGCCCUUGUUAAUUUUUUAUAACACAAAUACCCAUGUUUUUUUGUGGAGAAUUUCUUUAAAACUUCCAUGCUAAUAGUAAGUUGAAUAUGAAUAAAUUAUGAGUUUGUUCAAAUGCUCUACCUUCUGCAAAGCUACUGUAUUAUGUUCUAGUUAUUUAUUCUUGGAUUGCAGUUAGAGGAUUAAAAUAAUAGAUUUAUAAUUAAAAUUAUAGAUAAUAUCUUUAUUAAUUUUCUUAAAGGAUUUGAUAUAGUAUCUUUGAAUUGUAAACUUAAAAUUUGAAUUCUUCUUCUUAAAAAUAUGUUCAAAGACGCAUAUUUAAUUAGAAACAAAUAAUUAUAAAAAAUUCAUUUGUGUCUUGUUCUGAAAAAACUAGGCUUAAAGCAUGUGUGUAAAGUGUCGUCCGAGAUUAGCCUGUGCAGUCCACACAGGCUAAUCAGGGAUGACAAUUUCCUCUUAUGGUAUUUUUAGGAAGUCCCUCCUGACCGAAAAUCAAAUUUAGGCUGAAAGUGUCGUCCCUGAUUAGCCUGUGCGGACUGCAUAGGCUAAUCUGGGACGACACUUUACGCACAUGCAUUAAGCCCAGUUUUCUCAGAACAUGACACAUUUAUACUAUAUUAAGACAACUGAAAUCUAUACCAGUGAUCAUCAAUCAAUACUGAUCAUACAAGAAAAAAGUUUAUUUGGCUCAAAUCACUUAACCAUCUUUUUUCUGUUAUUGUACAAUCAUUUUUGGCGUGUCAAGAGGAUCUUUUGUACAAAGUCAUGUGUCAUUUAUACCUUAUAUUUUUUUCCAAGAAUUUCUUUGAGAAUGUUUACUGUACUGUGCAUCUUAUUUUGUGUGUUAUUAAUUAUUUUUAUCAGAACAUUGUUUAAUGUGAAAGGUAUGCCCAUCACAACUUGUAUGUACUUGCAUAUUAUUUAAUAUUUAUUAUGCAACAUGUUUCAUGUGAAAUCCCCUUUCGUCAGUUUGUCUCAAAUACUUUUUACAUUAUGUUAUUUUGUUUUGUGCUGCGUUUUCAUGUUUAGGUUCUACAGCCCUGAACAGUUGUUCAACCAAUACAUAUGGUCCAACCACCCUGUGAGUAUGCUGUCCAAAAUGUACGGAUUAAUGUCCUGUGAUAUGGGACAUUUAAUUUACAUACUGAGGAUGCUGCUGAUUUACCCAUUUACUUUAAGUGCCAGAUAAAUGAAACCAAGCAAAAAGAAGAUUUGAAGGAAGUAUGUUGAAUGUUUUUUUGAUGAAAUGAGGUAAGGUUUGUGGUUUAAAAUUUUGGAUUUCUUGCAUAUAUUUUUAUGCCCCCCUUCAAAGAAGAGGGGGUAUAUUGCUUUGCUCAUGUCGGUCUGUUGGUCGGUCUGUCGGUCCGUCCACCAGGUGGUUGUCAGACGAUAACUCAAGAACGCUUGGGCCUAGGAUCAUGAAACUUCAUAGGUACAUUGAUCAUGACUUGCAGAUGACCCCUAUUGAUUUUGAGGUCACUAGGUCAAAGGUCAAGGUCACGGUGACCCGAAAUAGUAAAAUGGUUUUUGAAUGAUAACUCAAGAACACAUACGCCUAGGAUCAUGAAACUUCAUGGGUAGAUUGAUCAUGACUCGCAGAUGACCCCUUUGAGGUCACUAGGUCAAGGUCACAGGUGACCCGAAAUAGUAAAAUGGUUUCCGGAUGAUAACUUAAGAAUGCAUACGCCUAGGAUCAUGAAACUUCAUGGGUAGAUUGAUCAUGACUCGCAGAUGACCCCUAUUGAUUUUGAGGUCACUAGGUCAAAGGUCAAGGUCACGGUGACCCGAAAUAGUAAAAUGGUUUUUGGUUGAUAACUCAAGAACACAUAUGCCUAGGAUCAUGAAACUUCACAGGUAGAUUGAUCAUGACUCGCAGAUGACCCCUAUUGAUUUUGAGGUCACAAGGUCAAAGGUCAAGGUCAUGGUGACCCGAAAUAGUAAAAUGAUUUUCGGAUGAUAACUCAAGAACGCUUUUGCCUAAGAUCAUGACACUUCAUAGGUACAUUGAUCGUGACUCGCAGAUGACCCCUAUUGAUUUUCAGGUCACUAGGUCAAAGGUCAAGGUCACAGUGACAAAAAACGUAUUCACACAAUGGCUGCCACUACAACGGACAGCCCAUAUGGGGGGCAUGCAUGUUUUACAAACAGCCCUUGUUUUUUAAUCAUACUUGUACUUGAAAUGAACAUGGUGUAAGAUGAACAUAUAACAGAUCAUUGGAAGUGGAAUAUUUGGUUUUGUAAGAGAUUGAAUGAAAUAUAUUUGAAUUUAGUGAAUAUCGUGAUAAAUGAUGAAAGCCAAAAGCAAGGCUGAAAGUAAUUUGAGUAUGUAGAUUUGGUUUAACAUAGAAUUUAUUUAAUAUAGAUGAUUUUCUAUUUUUCCAAACAGCAAGUGAACAUUUUGUAACUAUAGCACACAACAAAUAUGGUAUGCAAUAAAAAAGUACAAAUGAUAAAGAAUUUCAUUAUAUAAUGAUAAAUUUGAAUUAAUUUAAAGAAAAUUAUCAACAUUGACCUUAAUAACUGUCAUAUGUCUUCCCACUGAUUAGAGUUUUCUCUACAGCAUAACGCCAUUAGCAUCAAACAACCAUUGUUAAAGGUAUUGCCACGAUGAUAGAUCUACCAGCAAACUUAUUUUUUAAGCAAUUUAUUUAUUUUUUUAUCUCUACUGAUGACCCACCAGCAAACUUAUUUUUUAAGCGAUUUAUUUAUUUAUUUAUUUUUUAAUCUCUACUAAUGACCCAAGUAUUUACGGUACAUGUAAUGGUAUAUGCAUUCAAAUAUUCUUAAAAUACUUUCAUAAAAGAGAUUAUAGAAACAAGUUUUGUUGUCAAAAUGUUUCAUUUUUGUUCUAAUAUUUAAAUUGAAUACCUUAGUUUUAAAAGGUUAUAAAAGUUUGUUAGUAGACGUAAUGGAAGACUUAUUUUAUAUGUUGUAUUUUAACUGAUGUACAUUUUAUGUUAUCCUGUAUUUUAUUCAUGUCUGUGCAUAUCCAUCAAAUGUUUUCGAAUUGCUCAGCUCUUGGUGUGUGAGAUAGUGGACUUUGCAAGCUUCGAUGUAAAAAUGGGCUUGAUGCAUUUGCAGUCUACACAGGCUAAUCAGAAUUGACACUUUUCGCCUUAACUGGAUUAUUGUUCAGAAGGGACUUUUUAUAAAUGACAGCUCCAUAAAAGCGGAAAGUGUCGUCCCAGAUUAGCAUGUUGGGACUUCACUGGCUAAUCUGGGAUGACACUGCGCUCUUGCAUUAAACCUAGUUUUCCCAGAACGAGGCUGAAAUGAAGAAGUUGACAACAUGUCUCUUUUUUUCCCUCUCAUUUUGAAAGGAUUGCCUAUUUCCAUUUGAGUGUUCUUGUUUUGAUUCUCUGCCUUUAUGUGAGUGAUUGGCUGAACAAUGGUUGUGUAUAGUUAACAUCUGUCCCUUGAAAUAAAUUUUAUAAAAAUUGA